AAAACAGGUAUCCACACACCAUAUAAUUUCAUUCUCUACCAAGUGUCUCAAAGAAUUUUACUUCCAUGGCCAAACUAAUAAUCCAAAUCUUCACCAUUUCCCUUCUCCUUUCUCUGGUUGCCUUUCCGGCUACCGGAGAAGAAAAAGAUUAUAUUUUUGGAAAAUCCAUAAAUAAAAAGUCUAUGAGGGCAAAAAAGGAAAAACUCAGUCAUUUCCGAUUUUAUUGGCAUGAUAUCCUAAGUGGCUCAAAACCAACAUCAAUGAUUAUUAUUCCACCACCCAAAAACACCACAACAGGGUUUGGCCAAAUGAAUAUGAUAGAUAAUGCCUUAACACUAGGACCAGAGCUGAGUUCCAAGAUUGUUGGAAGGGCACAAGGGUUUUAUGCUGCUGCUUCACUUAAUGAUGUUGGGUUAAUGAUGGUCAUGAAUUUUGCUUUUAUUGAAGGGAAAUAUAAUGGAAGUACUUUCACUGUACUUGGACGGAAUCCUGUGUUCGAGAAGGUGAGAGAGAUGGCAGUGAUCGGUGGCAGUGGGCUUUUCCGAUUUGCUACAGGAUAUGUUCAGGCUACUACUCAUUCAUGGGAUUUCAAAACUGGAGAUGCUAAUGUUCAGUAUGAUGCUUAUGUGUUGCAUUAUUGAGGUUUGCUAAUUUUAUGUACUCCCUAUUUUAAUUUAUGAGAUGUAAUUUAGCGAAA